AUGGUCACAAAGGUAGCAUCGCAGUCAAGCAGAAAAGUAGGAAAGACAGGGGAAGAGAGAAGGAGAAGUAGCGGUACUCAAAAAGCAGCAGCUGGAAGCUCGAAAGCAGCUGUUGCAGCUGAAGAAGAUGAGAAAAUCACAGAAACCGCAAGUUUACCCCUAGGAAAAGCAUUAGCAUCAACCGAGAAAUCAAUCAGAGAUGAUGCAAUACGCUCAUUGGCAGCAUACUUAAGUCAAGCAGACGCUUUGAACGCUGAACCUCUAUCUGAUCUAGAAAUGGCAAAAUUAUGGAAAGGAAUCUUUUAUUGUUUUUGGAUGUCUGAUAAGCCAAGGGUACAACAAGCUCUAGCGAAUGAAAUGGCAGAAAUACCUUUAAGUAUUCAAAAAUCGUUGAAGAACCAGCAACAAAUCUCAAAUACCGCUUGGCAAUUCUUUGAAGGAUUUUUGGAUUCAAUGGUACGUGAAUGGUGGGGAUUGGAUAAAUGGCGAGUGGACAAAUUUAUGAUGUUGGUAAGAAGAUUCAUCAAUGCUGGAUUCCGUCUUUUGGAUUUGCAAGGAUACGAAAAGGAAUCAGUUGAAAGAUUUGCGACAAUGUUGAUCAAGCCGGGCGGUAUCUUGCAAGCAAAUGAUGUCAAAACGCCAAACGGAUUGAUGUAUCACGUCUGCGAUAUUUAUCUAGAAGAACUAGACAAAGCUCUUUCGAUGGAAGCAGAGGAAGAAGAUGAUACCAAGACUGUGCCAAUCACAUCCCUUCUGAAGCCAUUCAUUGAUAUGGCUGCCGCUUGUCAUGCUUCUCAACAUUUCGACCGAAUGCUCAAAGCUGUCAUUGUUCCAUAUCUGGAUGACUGCUUAGUGUCAGAAACUGAGCAGAAUGCAAGGAACAACGUUGAUCGGGCUAGCAAACGUCAGAAAAGAAGUACAGAUGGCGGAUCCCAAUGCGAAUAUCCCAACAUCUUCAAAAGAGCCAAUGCAAGUGCAACCGAAUUACGCUCUCAGGUUUUCUCUGAGCUCUUCGACGUUGCAAGCCGAGCAGAAAGUGUUGAAGCACGCAGAAGACGGAUCUACAAGAUGUGUAGAGAAGAGGAGGAACGAUUAGAGGACGAGGAAUGA